AUGACGUCGUCCGAGACGUUAGAGGUUGCGUUCGUGUCGGACGGCACUUCAGGGGCCACGGUAUGGGACACGACCAACGGUACGAUGUUGAAGACUUACAGGCAUACAGCUUCCAUUGGGCAAAACUGUAUGAGCCUGUUGGGAAACGACUAUCUCAUUGCCGCCGACAAGGGACCGCUGAUACAAACUUGGCCGAUCAACAGCCAGGAACGAACACACCAGGUGCGGAUGUUGUGCGGUGGGAAGAUUAACUCAUUGGCUGCAAGUCCUGACGGACUGUACAUUGCAGUGGCGAUCAGUGAGAAACUACAAGUUUGGAUGGCUUGUUCCGGAAGAUUAUUGACAACCGUAAGUCGCCAUUUUCAACCAAUAACUAUUAUCAGGUGGUCUUCUGAUGGAUCUUAUGUAGUCACUGGUGGUGAAGAUGGUCUUGUUUGUGUAUGGUCACUAGCUAAAUUGGUCAAUACAUCUAAAUCUGCCAUGCCACAAACAUUUAUUUCUGGAGACCAAAUAGAUCAGUCAGCACCCAAUUACAUAUUUUCUGAUCAUUCUGUAAGAAUAACUGGAGUAUAUAUUGGUAAUUGUACAAGAUGCAUACGCAUUUUUACUACCUCGGUUGACAAGACAUGCAAGAUUUACGACCUCUCAACUGGUAUCAUGUUAUUGUCAAUUGCAUUUGAUAUAAUCCCUUCUAGCCUCACUGUUGACUCAAUAGAAACUGCUGUUUAUAUUGGUACUACAGCUGGUCCUAUACGGUCUUUUGAUCUUACAUCCCCACCACGUACCCGUGAAUGUUAUGUAUCAGACAAAGAAAGUGGCAUCAAAUUUGUUGGUCACGCCAAGGCUGUAACUGCUUUAAGUGUGUCAUUAUUUGGUGAUAUGUUAGUGUCUGGUUCUACAGAUUGUACAAUAAGAACAUGGCAUGUAGCAAGUCGUCAAUGUUUAAGAACUAUUCAAUUAAAAGAGCCUGUUAUUAAUAUGUUUUUAACAUUGAUACCACGCCAGUUAACUGCAAAUGAAUUGGAACCCAGUAUUAUAUUAAAGAGUUUUAAAAAAACAGAAGAACUAGAAAAUGAUCAUUUUGUUGAAGUAUAUUCUUAUAAUGAUCUUUUCGAAGAAGAAAAUGAUACUUUUGGACACAAAGAAGAUACUAAUAUACGCGAAGAAUUGGAAAAAACUAAAACAAUCAAUGCAAGAAUUUAUGAAUUUGCUAUUAACUCAAUAUUAAAAGAAAGUGAACCAAAUCCAAAAGAGGAUAUAGAUAUUAGUUCUUUUUCAUUUGUUGAUUUAGAAUUUAAUGGAGAAAAGAAUGGAUUCGAUAAUGAUGAUGAUAAAAAUAUUGAUGAAAAUUCCACAACUCCGAGAAAGAAAAAAAGAGGAAGAAAAAGAAGUAAAAAAAAUGUUAAUGACUCAAAUAUAAGUAAUAUUUAUACAUAUUCAUAA